GAAACAGGAAACAACAUUAAAAUCGCGAAACGGUCGAAAACGUCAUCUGGGACAACAUCUAGAAGACCGGUUCUUCCCUCUCCUCCUCUUCCCAGUUGGAGAUAUUUUCUGUUUUGUUAUUUGUUGGCGUUGCCUGCCGAAAACAAAAACCAUUACAACAAGAAUACUAUUAAACUACAAGGGAAAAUUUAGUCUAAUAAAGAUGUCUGAUGAUAAAAAAGAUAAAAAUGAUGCUGAAAGUAGUACCUUGAAGGAUGUUGGAUGGUUUGCUUUAAAAACUACUGCAAUAUCUGGUGCUGUUCUUGGUGGGACUGCCGCAGCUCUUCCUCUUAUUGGUUUUUCUGGUGGUGGUGUUGUCGGAGGUUCUUUGGCUGCUGCUUAUCAGAGUACAUUUCUUGGGGGUACUAUUGUAUCUGGGAGUGUUUUUGCUAGUAUGCAAAGUGCUGCAGUUGCUGGAUUGGCUGGAAGUACACAAGCUGCUGUCGUAGCUGGCAGUGCGUUAGUAGCUGGUGCUCACACAGCUUUGAAAAAAUUGAAGAAAAAUGAUGAAACUGAUAGUGGACAUACUUCAGAAGAAUCGAGUGAAAAUAAUAAGGAGGAUGAUGUCGAUGAGGAACCUGGAGGAAAUGACAGAGCAGAGUUGCUGGAAAAAAACUGCAAAGACCCUGGUCUCAAAACAGAAGGUUCGAUAGAACACAUCAUAGGGAAUCACAACAUCGAUUUUUUUAUGGUAUGGAGACAGCACGGUUUUUCAAGAAAAUUCACACACUUUGGUAGGGAACACAUCAUCACUUUACUCGAGAAACUCAAGAUCUUUCAAUCACGAUCCCAGGCUGAUUUGAUGAAUUGGAAUGCCUUUUUUUUGUCAAAGACACCAUGGCACACGAGAUGCGGAUUCACUACGCUUGUGAUUUACUUUAAAAAACCAAAGGAAGAAAGAAAACCAACUAAUCCAUGGCGAAGGAAUUCCAGCACAGCCGAGCCGGACAGCUCACGCACCCACGGGGGGUGGAAUAAUGACCUCCAUGUAAUUAAACAAAAAAAAACUCCGUCUCUCGAAGAGAGGAAAGGGUGGAAAUGAAAAAUCCCUGUUAAAGGAUCGUAGAUUUUGAAUGCUAACAAAUAUCGAAUGCUGCCCGCUCAAAAAAAUGGGCGGUAUUUAUAUAAACAGCCGGAAGUGAAAGUUAAACUCCCUAAAAAGCAACACUAAAAUUGCUUAAGGAGAGAAUUGAAGUGAGUUGACUAACCCCUUAAAUUUAAGCAUAAUUAAACACUAACGGUGACCAUACAGUAACUAAACCAUGUGCUGACAUCAAAGGCUGCCGAAGGUCACAGGCGUGAAGGUCGGCAGACAGUGAGGCGUCACAGUAGAGGGUUCAGGGGUGUCGGCCUAAUUUCUAGGUCACAAUCCCAACCGAAAAAUUAAGAUUUGGUGACUCAAUGUCACAUUUAUCUAUAACAGAGCUCAUUCUAGGCAGGGUAAGCAGGGCACAGCGCCCUGCUGCCCUUUUAGUCAAAAGAAUCCACCCUGUUGCCCCUGAAGUAAAUUAGUGCCCUGAUGUAAUAGAGUCUAUACUCUUUUUGCCCUUUUUUCCCUAAGUCCUUCUUUAUCCCCCCCCCCAAACUCUGCUAUGGAGUUCCUAAACUUUUGUUAUUUUCAACUCUUUUUAUUUAGUUUGUCAUUGCUGUCAAUACAUAGAUUUAUAUGGGAAGGGAAAAAUAUCCAUCACAACCCCUUGUUGCACUUGUCUUUGAAAGUUUGCAGUUACUUCCACUAUCAUUAAACCAUAAUUAUUAUUAAUCAUUUUAAUUAUUAAAUCAUAACUACAGACACUUAAAAACAUUUAUUAUUUUAUUAAUAUAUGCAUGCAUUUUAAAUAAAUUAC